GUUGUCUUGGACUGGAUGCUGCGCGAGCUGCUUGCUGCACUGCUCGGCCACCCCGGCGAUCUGUUCCACUGCCAGUCGGUCGUCGCAAGCAAAGGACCGCACUCAACUGCUGCAGACUCCAUUGCCGACAGUAGUGGCUCGUCUGCUGCUGAUGCUGGUGCUGAUGCUGAUGCUGGUGCUAAUGCUGGAGCGCGCCAAGUUCGUGUUUCCCGCCAAUUUCGAGUCGCAGAGCAUCUUCCAUUGCUGCACCCCAGCGAACGAGACCUUUGCAACCGCCUGCUCGAGAUUGGAGCGGCAUACGCUGAGCUCGACCACUUUGCUUCAGGGCGUUCACGCUCGCCAGAAGGCCAGGGAAGACAAAGUCUCUAUCUCGAUGCACUCAAAACGGCAAUGGCAGUCGUCCUGGACGAGUACCGGGAAGCCAUUCUACAACUCGAAAAGCGUCUACUGUCCGAGCCCGCCACCCAGUUGUCCCACAUUCAUUAUGCGCUCUCCAAGUUUCGAUUACUGUUGCCAUACUUGCUCGGACUCGUAGCGGCUGUCGAGGCGAUCAAAGAUGCUCCCUCCUCUUUCAUUCUUGACUUAUUAUUUACGAACUUGGCUUGCGGCAUGCCAGAUGUUCGCGAAGCCUUGCUGAGCUUGUUUAAUGCAGUUCUUCAAGUGUUCUACAACCAAUUAUCGGCAUGGCUCCUCCAUGGGCGUCUCGUUGAUCCGUACAACGAGUUUAUCGUUUAUGAAAGGGACAACAACAGUGCCGCAUCUGAUGAUUCUGAUCCAAGUCUUUCAGAAACUGCCAUUGAUUGGUCGGAUGUCCAGUUCGGACUCCGGGCCUCGCUUCCAUCGUUGGUACCUCGAGAACUUGCCAAAGAUAUUCUCUUUGUCGGUGCUGCCGUUCGUGUGCUGCGGGGCGGAGACAAGUCUUCGUCGAGCAAGGCCCAAAAAAUUACUAGUUGCCGAAUUACCCACGACGAUGAGCAACGUUUUGCAGCGGAUUUGAAUCAUGCUCGGUCCAGCGAGUUUCGAACAUCCAACUUGGCCGCUGCAGUGGUAGCCAUUCGCACCACAGUGGCCUCGCAUUUGUGGGCGUUGGUUUCCCACAAUCAAGGACUGUCUCGCAUGCUGACUAUGAUUCAUGAUAUCAUCCUAUUGAGGAAUGGCGCCUUGUGGAUGCUUUUGCUUGAUGAUACGAGCACAGUCCUUUGCUCAACUCCAACGGCCAACUCGGAAUUCGACCUCAACGCUGCACUUCGUCGCGCUGCUGUCGCAUGUAACUUGGACAACAAUGCCGAGUUUGCAAAGUGCAGUUUGCGGCUUUCUCCUCUUGAGAACCCUUCCGCUGCAGCUUCAUCGUCACGCUCGCUGACACUUGCUCGGGAGUCCUUGCAAGUUGCAUUCCAGAUCGACUGGCCACUCACACUGUUCUUCUCCGCUGCCGUCAUGUCUCGCUAUCACGAGCUUUGCCGGUUUUUGUUAGCAGCUACCUUGGCGCAACGUCGGCUUCACACUUGUUGGAAGCGUUUGGCUGACGUUCGGCAGCCCAAUCUGCCCGUCCUUCAUUUGCGAAAUCGCCUUGCAUUUAUUUGUAACAACCUCCUGCAGUAUUUCCAGAGUGACAUUAUCAUCCCGGAAUGUGCAAUUUUUGCAUCAACCCUCGAAUCUGCCUCUGAUUUUGAUACAGUCGUUGCUGCACAUGGCUUAAUGUUGGAGCAGAUUGCUCGGCAAUGUUUUCUCGGAACUCCUGCAAUAUUGCGCACAAUCGUGGAGGUUUGGUCGGCUUGCCAUGCUUUCUGCGAUGCAGUCGUCAAUUCUCCCACCCCACCCGCGGAAAUUAUCGAGCGCAUCACAAAGAAUUUUGACCGCCAAUGGGAUUUUCUUUUUCGCAUGUUGUCUGGCGGACGCGGCCAACAAGCAGGCGUGCAUGUUGCGCAGCUAUUGCUUAGAUUGGACUACAAUCGUUUCUUCUCGGAGCGAAUUGUCGCCUCAGCCAACAUAUCUCAACCCUCUGCCGAUGCGUCAUAAUUCAGAACACGAUUUGUAGAUUCAG